AUGACUGACCGGCCUAGUAACGAGGAUAAGCGGUUGCUAGAACGGUUAAACGCUCUGAAACCGUCUACAGUGCAACUCGAACGUCGAAAAAACGUCGUCCUAAAUACUACAUCACCACUAGACCCAUUCGCAGGAUAUGAGGAUUCGAGUGCUGGAUCUAGAUCGAAACUCGACGAUCUAACGACGGGCUCAUUAUUUGCGGAAGAUGACAUUCUAGCGCCUGAGUCGUUGUUGGAUGGAGAUGCGAUUGAGGAUUUACUUGCCAGUUUGGGUAGUGAGAAUAAUCAAAUAUCAGAGACUACGGCUACACAGUUUGGAAACAAUCCGAAAGAUGACAAAAAUCACGCGCGAGAACUGCUCAGUGACGCAUACGGGUUCAUUCAACAGACGUCUACAACGGAACCUGAAGAUAGAUCACCUCAUACUCUGAAAAGGAAGAAGGACGAUGAUAUACCCGAUUUCUUAAAAGAUAUUGACAGCAGCGAAGAAGAAGAAGAAGAAGAGGAAGAAGACGAAUCCGACGAAGAAAACGAUGAAGCCGAAGCCGCAAAAUAUGUGAAGAAUCUCUUAAAAGAGAUUCAAGAAAAUCCUCCUCCUACAUCACCAGGCAAAGAUAACAACAGCACCUCCCCUACGGGGUUUGAGGUCGAGGAGAAUGACGAUGAUUUAUCUUCGCGUCUAGCAGCGCUGUCUCUCCCAUCAGCUCCAGAUACUCGACCUGGCGAAUCUGCCAGAAAGGAUGAUGAAUCUCCCGAUUGCUGUUGUAUAUGCUACGAUACUGCAAAGAUGAAAUGUUUGGAUUGUGAAGGGGAUCAGUUGUUUUGUGUUCGAUGUUGGUGGGAGAUGCAUAUGGAUGAUGGAGGUGAUUCAGGGCACAAAGCUGUGAAAUAUGAGCGGUCUUCGUGA